AUGUCUCUAGCCUGGAGAAAUUUUCAGAAAGCCUUUUAUCUAGAGACUUCUCUCAGAAUCCUCCAGAUUCGUCCAUCCCUGAGCUUAGGUGCUUCCCGGAUAUCUGUACCCAAGCUCACUCUUCAUACAAAGCCCAGCAUGCCACCAUGUGACUUCUCACCUGAGAAAUACCAGUCCCUGGCCUACAGCCGUGCCCUGGAGAUUCAUAGGCAGCACCUUUCUCCUGUGAAUACAGCCUAUUUCCAGAAGCCUUUGCUGCUCCACCAGGGACACAUGGAAUGGCUCUUUGAUUCCGAAGGAAAGAGAUACCUGGACUUCUUCUCUGGGAUUGUAACUGUUAGUGUUGGUCACUGCCACCCGAAGGUAACUGCAGUGGCAAAAAAGCAGAUAGACCGCCUGUGGCACACAAGUUCUGUCUUCUUCCACUCUCAGAUGCACGAAUACGCAGAGAAGCUCUCGGCACUCCUUCCUGAGCCUCUUAAGGUCAUUUUCUUGGUGAACAGUGGAUCAGAAGCAAAUGACUUGGCCAUGGUGAUGGCCAGAGCGUACUCGAAUCACACAGACAUCAUUUCUUUCAGAGGAGCCUAUCAUGGAUGCAGUCCCUACACACUUGGCCUGACGAAUGUAGGAAUCUACAAGAUGGAAAUCCCCGGUGGGAUAGGCUGCCAAUCAACAAUGUGCCCAGAUGUUUUCCAUGGCCCUUGGGGAGGAAGCCACUGUCGAGAUUCUCCAGUGCAAACAGUGAGGAAAUGCAGCUGCACUCCAGACUGCUGCCAAGCUAAAGAACAGUAUAUCGAACAAUUCAAAGACACACUGAACACUUCUGUGGCCAAGACAAUUGCUGGAUUUUUUGCAGAGCCAAUUCAAGGUGUGAAUGGUGUUGUCCAGUACCCAAAGGAGUUUCUGAAGGAAGCCUUUGCGUUGGUCCGAGAGAGGGGAGGUGUGUGCAUUGCAGAUGAAGUGCAGACAGGCUUUGGAAGGCUGGGCUCUCACUUUUGGGGCUUCCAAACACAUGAUGUACUACCUGACAUUGUCACCAUGGCUAAAGGGAUUGGAAAUGGCUUCCCCAUGGCUGCAGUUGUGACCACUCCAGAAAUUGCGAACUCUUUGGCUAAACACUUACUUCACUUCAACACGUUUGGAGGAAAUCCCCUGGCCUGUGCCAUUGGGUCGGCUGUGCUCGAGGUGAUCGAAGAAGAAAAUCUCCAGAAAAACAGUCAAGAAGUUGGCACCUACAUGCUGCUGAAGUUUGCUAAGCUGCGGGAUGAAUUUGACAUCGUUGGGGAUAUCCGAGGAAAAGGCCUUAUGGUGGGGAUAGAAAUGGUUCAAGACAAGAUAAGCCGCCAGCCUCUUCCUAAAACAGAAGUCAAUCAAAUCCAUGAGGACUGCAAGGACAUGGGGCUCCUAGUGGGUAGAGGUGGUAACUUUUCUCAGACUUUCCGCAUCGUGCCCCCGAUGUGUGUCACGAAACUGGAAGUGGAUUUUGCAUUUGAAGUAUUUCGCUCUGCCUUAAUUCAACACAUGGAAAGAAGAGCUAAGUAA